AUGCAAUCAAUUCUACGCGGUGGUAACCGUGUUUUGAUAUCAAAGUCAACAAAUGUUUAUACUAAUCUAGCAUUGGAACGUUAUUUAGCUGAAAAUAUUAAACAUCAACCAAAAACUCGACUUCUACUACUUUGGCGUAAUCAACCAUGUGUUGUUGUUGGUCGAUAUCAAAAUCCCUUUGCUGAAAGUGAUAUUAAAUAUUUAGCGGAAAAACAAAUUGAUUUAGCAAGACGAUAUUCCGGUGGUGGCACGUGUUAUCAUGAUCUUGGAAAUCUUAAUGUAACAAUUGUCACAACUCGUGAAGAUUAUAAUCGUAAAAAGAAUCUUCAUUGGAUAGUUAAUACAUUAAACGAAGCAUUUAAUUUAACAUUACAUGUAACUGAUCGUGAUGAUAUAUUUCUUGAUACGUUUAAAGUAACUGGCAGUGCAUCACGUCUCGAACGUUUAUAUGCAUAUCAUCAUUUUACUCUGCUUAUAAAUUCUUGUUUAAAUGAUUUAAGACGAUCAUUAAGAUCUGAAGAUCAAAUAAAAAUUACAAGUAAAGCUACACCAAGUGUACGAUCAUCUGUAUUAAAUUUAGCAGAUCGAAACAAUUCAAUAACAUAUGAGAAAACUAUUGCAUUAUUAAUCGAGAAAUUUUUCCAAUGGAAUAAUGAAAAAAAUACGACCAGCUGCGAUUAUAUCGAUCCAUUAUUAUACUAUGAGCAAAUGAAAGAUUUUGAAAAUGAACUAAAAUCACAGAAAUUUUUGUAUCAAGCAACGCCACCAUUUGUUUAUACAGUUGAACAUGAAAAACAACCCAUAGAAAUCUCCGUAUCAAAUGGUAUAAUAACUGAUAUAAAAGGAAAUGAUUCGAUUAUUGACAAGAAAAACUUCUUAGGACAAUUAUUUCAUGCAGUUUAUCAUAAUAUUCAAAAAUUAAAUAAAACAUAG